GAGCCUUUCAGUGCGGAGUAGUGACUAAACAUUACAAGAAGACCGGCCGCGCAGUUCCAGGAAUCGGGGGGGCGGGGCGUGCUGGCCGCGUAAAUACCCGCGCGCGCGGCCUCGCCGGCGGCUCUAACUCCGGACUCUUCGGCUCUCCUGCUCUCCUCACCCGCCGCUGUCUCUCCCGGCUCCCGAACGCCGGCCUCCCCGCCACCCUCCCCACCCCCGCCCCUGCCCGGCCCAGCUCUCCGUCGUGGCCCCCUCGCCCGGGUCCUUUGCCUGAUCCAUCCCGGAGCGCGCCUGAUCGGCCCCGGGGGCAGCGAAGCCGGAGGGAACGCACGCACCGGGAGCCCCUUUGUGGACUUGACGACCGCCAACAUCUGGGCGCAGCGCGGGGCCGCUGCUGGCCGCCGCCUCGCCUUGGGGAACCGUAGGAGGCGCAGCCCCAAGGCCGGAGACUUCGCUUCGGGACUAGCCCCCCGGGAUGCGGUAGCGGCCGCUGUGCGGAGGCCGCGAAGCAGCUGCAGCCACCGCCGCGCAGAUCCACGCUGGCUCCGUGCGCCAUGGUCACCCACAGCAAGUUUCCCGCCGCCGGGAUGAGCCGCCCCCUGGACACCAGCCUGCGCCUCAAGACCUUCAGUUCCAAGAGCGAGUACCAGCUGGUGGUGAACGCCGUGCGCAAGCUGCAGGAGAGCGGAUUCUACUGGAGCGCCGUGACCGGCGGCGAGGCGAACCUGCUGCUCAGCGCCGAGCCCGCGGGCACCUUCCUUAUCCGCGACAGCUCGGACCAGCGCCACUUCUUCACGCUGAGCGUCAAGACCCAGUCAGGGACCAAGAACCUACGCAUCCAGUGCGAGGGGGGCAGCUUUUCGCUGCAGAGCGACCCGCGGAGCACGCAGCCAGUGCCCCGUUUCGACUGUGUGCUCAAGCUGGUGCACCACUACAUGCCGCCCCCGGGCGCCCCCUCCUUCUCGUUGCCACCGUCGGAACCCUCCUCCGAGGUGCCGGAGCAGCCACCUGCCCAGGCGCUCCCCGGGAGUACCCCCAAGAGAGCUUACUACAUCUAUUCUGGGGGCGAGAAGAUCCCGCUGGUACUGAGCCGACCUCUCUCCUCCAACGUGGCCACCCUCCAGCAUCUCUGCAGGAAGACCGUCAACGGUCACCUGGACUCCUAUGAGAAAGUGACCCAGCUGCCUGGACCCAUUCGGGAGUUCCUGGACCAGUAUGAUGCUCCUCUUUAAAGAGCAAAGGGGUCAGAGGGGGGCCUGGGUCGGUCGCCUCUCCUGCGCGCGCGCGCGCGGCACACGGCACAAGCACAAAAAUCCAGCCCCGGUGGUCGGUGGCUUUCGGUGAACCAGGGGCAGGUAGGCUUCUUCCUCGGGCCGGCCCUCGGCUUUGCGAAGUGGGUCAGACAGGACCUGGAAUGUGCCUGAGGGGAGGGGGAGUUGCCACCUGCUUUCCCUGCUCCAGCGUCUCCCUCAAGAGGAGCCAGCUGGCCUGGUGGGACAAUGCAUUGACAAGUGGACUCUCCUCUUCCCUUCCUCCACCCCUCUGCUUCCCCGAGGGAGCGGAGGGGGGGGGGGAGGACACCUUUGAGUGCCGAACUCACGAGGACUGCAGGGGGGGGAUCUUCAAACUUUCCCACAGAACUUGUUUGCGCUUUGAUUUGGUUUAAAUCCUGAACAGGCGCCAGGCCUGGGGGAAAGAUGGAAGAGGGUGUGUGAAGGGCGGCGGGCUGGCCAAAGAAAUGACCACUCCCACUGCCCAGCCUAGGUGACAGGGGUGGGGUGGCUCCUGGCUCUAGGGAGAGAGGCAAGAGGUGACCUGAAGAGAGCCGUUCUGGUGCCAGGCUCCUCUCCCCUGGGGCAGCUGAGGAGACCUCCCAGAGCCUUCUCUGUGUUGUAAAGGGUCAGUGGCGUGGGGGAGGGAGAUGGAUGGGGCUGGCCACUUGGCCGCCUUUUCCAACACCGGAGGGAGGCAGGUGAGCAGAUGAGCAAUCUUGGAGCCCAGGUUUCCUUAGAGAAGAUGGGGGACUCUUUGGUGUCUCCCAUGCCAGGCUAGGAGACUUGCCUUAAAUGCCCUGUCCCAUGGAUAGGGAUUGGCACAAGAGAAGCCAAACACAGCCAACAGGCAGAGAAGCCGAGGGGUUCACCCCGGUGGUGGCUGAAGGUCGGGGGAGGCGGGUGCAGGGAGGAGACCCUGACAGGCAGGAGAGCCCUGAGUGACCCCUGGGAAGAAAAUGGUCAGUCUCGGGCCCCUCUUGUCCAGCGGAGUCAGCGGGUUCCAGGGCCCUCCAGGCCCUGCACAGCCCCCUCCCUUCUCACCUGGGGUAGGGGGAGGCAGGAGAGGGCGGAGAAACCUUCCUCUAUCUGCCACUCCACAGUGGCCCCUCACAGGAAUGCAGCAGCCAUGUAAUUACCUGGAACUGGUCUUGUUUUGGGGAAAAAACAACAAAAAGUUUUCUGAGUCAGGUAUGGGGCUGGGUGGGGCAGCUGUGUGUUGGGGUGGCUUUUUCUCUCUGUGUUGUUUUGAAUAAUGUUUACAAUUUGUCUCAAUCACUUUUAUAAAGAUCACCUCCAGCCCCCCCCCUCCCCAUUCAGGCCUUUGAGGCUGUUUGAAGAUGCUUGAAAAACUCAAACCAAAUCCCAGUUCAACUCAGACUUUGCACAUAUAUUUAUAUUUAUACUCAGAAAAGAAACAUUUCGGUAAUUUAUAAUAAAGAGCACUAUUUUUUAAUGAAAA